AAGAACCUCAAAUUAAUAAGAAUCAAAGCAGCUGUCCUUAUGCAUUGUAUGUGGCCAGUCACUGAUGGCACCUAACUAGAAGAUCGAUUAGCAGACGUGUGCGAUAUUGUGACUUUCUUCUAAGUAUAAGUCGACCAGCAUUGUCAUGUUCAGACGUCAGGAUCUGCCUGGAAUGCAUGUACGUGAAUCCUUUUCCUGCACGGGUGUUUCCGAUCCAUUUAUUCUGGAUGCACAAAAUAUCAAGAAAAUGAUGCGUCCUGUCACUAACAAUAAUGUAACUUUCUGUGGAAGUGGCAAAUCUUGCCUCAGCCAAGACAGCAUGAGAAGUGUAGAACAGUUUGGCUUGUACACCACCCAGCAGAGCAAAUACAGCCAUACUGUCAGCCAAAAGACUAUUUCCUGCCAGACACAAGAAACUAUAAAUGAGGCACAUUUGCAGACCUCAACCAGUAGGGAUCUGGACACGAAAAAUGAUUUAAAGAAAAAGAAAACCCUUGGGAGAUCUGGAAAGCGUGGAAGACCCUCUGGGACCACCAAAUUGGCAGGAUACCGAACCAGCACUGGAAGACCUCUGGGGACCACCAAAGCUGCCGGCUUUAAGACAAGUCCUGGCAGACCACUGGGCACAACCAAAGCUGCUGGAUACAAAGUCAGCCCAGGGAGACCUCCAGGUAGCAUAAAAGCUCUAUCACGGCUUGCAAAUCUAGGUUACACAAGUAACAAUGCAGCUUUCCCCUACCCCACAGCACUUAACAGAGGACUCCAUUCUGUUGUGGAUACCAACAUCAAACACCCCGUUGAGUAAAAGUCAUUUAGUAUGAAUGUUGAGAAAAUAUCAGAUGCUUUUAUCAUCACAUUGUUGUCUUUAAAAUUUCUUUAGAAUAGAAAUUCUGUUCAUUUGCAUCACACUUCAAGAUGGCAUAUAAGCAGGUUGUAUCUGCAUCAUUAGCUUACAUAUUGCCCUUUUCUAUUUGUCUGUGCUGACUUGUAUAACUUAUUUUGCCUGAGGGGCGAGGGGUAGUUUAAUUUUUUUUAAACUUUGCAUGCAAUGUUAGUUUAGAGUAUAUGAAUUAUUCGCAUAUGAGCAAAUGUGUGUGAUUUUUAAAGUUAUGCUAAUUAAUGCAAAAACAGCCAUAAAAAUUAGAGGGAAGAUUAAGAGGUGAAAGAAUAAUACCAAAUAUACAAAUGCGUUGUCACUGUAUGAUCACAUACAAUGUAGCCAAAAAUGUAAGAUAGAACAACCAUAGAGACAUGUACAUGUAGUUUAUUCUUUCAUCAUUCUGAAGUCUUUCUGAAACUUUUAAAGCACUUUCAAAAGGUGUAAUGGAUAGUGUAAAUAUGUCACAUGCAAUUAUGUAUUAUAUUUAAACCAGUAUAAAAUUUCACUUUUACAAAUGUGUGUUUUAUCCAAGGAACCAGAAUUAAUAUUACUACACAUAAA